AUGUUUCAGUCUAAAACACUUUGGAUAAACACAUGUGGUUUCUGUGCAAGAUCAACACUUCUGUCAUACGCAGAUAAAUCAGCUUUCAGGAAAAAAACAAAACCAACAGCGGUGGUAACAUCAUGGAACUUGAACCAAGCUAGUGCGAACAGUUUUGUUUCGAUGGGUGUCCGGGGCUUAACCUCCUUCGUGGAGGGGAACACGCAUUUCCUUCAGGGUGUGAAGUUCAGGGACAGUUGGCUCCUGAUAGAUGGCUCUAGUUUGUAUUUCCAAAUCUACUUUCAUCAUGGUUUGGACCAACUGCACGGUGGGGACUACGAUGCCUUUUCCUGCCUACUGAAACAAUUCUUUGCUGCAUUGGCAGCUUGCAAUAUACAGGCAUUUGUUGUUCUGGAUGGAGGGAUUGACCCCAGCGACAAGAAGCUUGAUACUCUUCGCCAGCGCCUGCAGACCAAAAUAAAGGAUGCUGACAACAUCUCUCACAGUCGCCGUGGCUCAGUCCUUCCUCUCCUCACCAAAGAAGUCUUUAUUCAAGUUCUCAUUCAAAUUGGAGUACCCCUGGUCCAGUGCCCUGCUGAAGCUGAUUGGGAAAUUGCAUGUUUGGCCCGGCAGUGGAACUGUCCUAUUCUCAGCAAAGACAGUGACUUUUAUGUAUUUGACCUCCCAGGUGGUUACCUUCCAUUUAAUUAUUUUAACUGGACCAAUAUUAGUGGAAAAACAAAUCAACGGUACAUUUCAGCUCAACUAUAUACCGCUAGUGUCCUGUGCCGCUGGUUUGGAGGCCUGAACAAGGAUCUGCUUCCGUUGUGUGCAGUCCUGCUGGGUAAUGAUUAUAGCACUCCAAAAGAAGCCGAGCUGAAGCACUGGCAGAAAUCAGUCAGCUCAUUAAAGAAGAUUCCAAAUCGAGUGCCCAAGGUGGGGAAAAGGGAGCUGUGUGCUCAAAACUAUGGGCAUUGA